AUGGCGCAUUACCUACAUCCUGUCGCGGUCGACACUCCGAUCAAAUCUCCUCCGCCACCACUGAGCCCUCUCCCGGCUCUGAAUUCGGGCAUCCAAGUUCCCAACCCGAAGACGUCGUCCGUCAUCAGCUUAACGGUCAGCCAGAAGGAGGCCCCGCGAGCCGAGUCGGAGCUGUCGCGAUACUUGCGCAUAGUACGGCGGAUGAAAUGGAAGCUGCCCUUUUUGGCACAGGGGUACCAGCAGGCCACGGAUGCGACGAGCGCCGAGUUUGCCGACGCGGACAUGAUGUUCAAGCUCGACUUUUUUGAAUACUACAUGCUGCUGGAGCGAGCGCUGGUGCAUCUCCAGGCGGUAUUCAACAUCGUCAUCACGGGCAAGCACAACGAGUCAUCGUCGUCAUCCUCUAAUGGAACCGGGCCGUACAAACACAGGUAUCACGCCAACGUCCUCGAGGCGCUGGACAGUACGGACAACCCCCUCCACGGCGCACUGGGAAAAGGCGACGUGCGCCGCGCCCUGGGCAGGGCCAAGGAUCUGCGUAAUAGGUGGAAGAACGCCGACGAUGCCAACAGGGACCCGGCAACGAAUCUGCCACUGGAGAGCUACGAUCUGGAGAACAUACUCACGACAAUCUAUGGGGGUCUCGACCAGGCCUGCAUCGUGGCGACCAACUACGUCAAUGAGCUAAAGGCCAUCGCUGCUGCUGCGGCCCGCGCCUCGGCCGCCGCCUAUCCCAAGUUUAGCUGGGCCGACGAGAUGGAGACGCCAACGCCCGGCAGGGAGGAUCGCCCUCCGCCUUUUGAGGAAUGGCCGGCUCAAGAAAAGAGCAAAACGGACGAGGAGGCGGAGUGGCAGUUCAUGUUUGAUGCUAUGGACUGGCAGGCCAUAUGA